CAUUUGGAACAACACUACACACAAAAACUAGUGUAUCAAAGAAGAGAAAAAAAAUGGCUAAAGAUGUUGAAGUUGAAGAGCAGAGAGGAGGAGGAGGAGGAGAAUACUCAGCAAAAGACUACCAUGAACCACCACCAGCACCAUUGAUUGAUGCAGAGGAGCUUACAAAGUGGUCCUUCUAUAGAGCACUCAUAGCUGAGUUUAUAGCAACACUUUUAUUCCUUUACAUCACUGUGUUGACCAUUAUUGGUUAUAGUAACCAAAGUGAUACCACAAUCAAGGGUAACACACAGUGUGAUGGUGUUGGAAUCUUGGGUAUUGCUUGGGCUUUUGGUGGCAUGAUCUUCAUCCUUGUUUACUGCACUGCCGGCAUUUCCGGAGGACACAUCAACCCUGCAGUUACAUUUGGGUUGUUCCUUGGCCGGAAGGUGUCGCUGAUAAGGGCACUGUUGUACAUAGUAGCACAGUGUGCCGGCGCCAUCUGCGGCACCGGAUUGGCCAAGGGAUUCCAGAAAGCUUACUUUGAUAGGUAUGGAGGUGGUGCCAACUACGUUCAUCCUGGUUACAACAAAGGAACUGCUUUGGGUGCUGAGAUUAUUGGCACCUUCGUUCUUGUCUACACUGUCUUCUCUGCCACUGACCCUAAGAGAAACGCCAGAGACUCCCAUGUUCCUGUGUUGGCACCACUGCCAAUUGGAUUUGCGGUGUUCAUGGUUCACUUGGCCACAAUUCCGGUGACCGGCACCGGCAUCAACCCGGCAAGAAGCUUCGGAGCUGCCGUGAUUUACAACAAAGACAAAAUCUGGGAUGACCAUUGGAUAUUCUGGGUUGGACCAAUUCUUGGAGCUGCAGCGGCUGCAAUCUACCAUGAACACAUUAUUAAAGCAUCUGCCAUAAAAGCCCUUGGAUCCUUCAGGAGCAACCACUAAUUAAGCAAAUAAUAUAUAUAAUUUAAUAAAUAAAUUCAUCAAGGAGUGGAGUGUAAUGUAAGUUUAAUUUGUGUGAGGGGUCCCUCUUUAAUUUGUCUAUUUGCUCUUUUCUUUUAGAUUAGCUUAAUUAAUAAUUAUUAUCUUUUAAUAUCCAAUUUAGCUAAUUAAGGGAGUUAUUUUGUAUCCCUUUUUUUUUUCCUUUGGUUUUCAAUAUAUGUAUGUAUUUGCUUUGCUUA